ACGCUUUACUCGUGACCUUGAAAUAUCGAAAAUGACGAAGAAUCAUUUGUCCUGUAAAAAAACGUUCGAAUCGUUGAUUAAAUGUCAUCAGAGGGUUAUUACAUUCGUUGAAAAUAUCGAAAAUAUAUUUUCUUACAUUGCAUUGAUGCAAUUUCUUUCGAAUACUUUGGUGAUCGGAUUAUUGGGUUUUUUAAUCGUCACGUCACUAGAUUCUGAACAAAGGUCCGUCAUAUUGGCUAGGACAAUUCCCUAUUAUAUUCUAGUGAAUUUGGAAGCUUUCGUUCUCUGCUUUGCUGGGGAAUUUAUCAGAUCCAAGAGCAUAGCUAUCGAGAAAGCAGCUUAUGAAUGUAAUUGGUAUGAACUUGAUCCGAAUGAAAGUAAAUCUUUAUUGUUCUUGAUGAUUAGAUCACAAAAACGAUUUAAAAUCACCGCGGGCAAAUUUAUGGAAUUAUCAUUGGAAGGAUUCGCACGAUUGUUAAAAGCCUCAGCCUCAUACGUCUCUGUACUUCAUGCGAGUUAUUAA